AUGAACAUCCCUACGCCCCAGUACACCCCCGUCUCCGCCACCUCGCCCAACCGCAUCCUCCAUGUCCUCGCCUACACCCCCACCGACGGAGACCCAGACUGCCCCAUCACCGUCCGCCUGCACUGCCAGUCCGACCUCCCCAACAACAUCUUCAUCCGCCUCGUCGUCGGCCAGAAGCCCGUCCACUCGCGCAUAACUGCUGCACCCGGCCCGGACGCCGCCUACGGCCAAUGGCAACUCAACGCCGCAGCCCCCCGCAAUCCCCCAUGGCAAGGCGACGCAAAGUCGCUGACUGUAUCACUCUCCCUCGAGGCCCUCAACGAGCAGGGGGUCGUACUUGACUCGGUCGCCUUUGGCCACUUCACCUACUGGCGACCAGGUCCGUCGCCAUUCCCCCUCUGA